AUGAAAGAGGCUUUUGAGCCAUCGGCAACAUCGGCAAAUCCCAUAGCCAGCCCGAACGAUGUCGAGAAGAGCCCUAUCAAGUUCAAAGAUGCAGUUGGCAGAAAAUUCUCUUUUCCGUUUCAUUUGUGUAAGAAAUGGGAGGACAUGGAAGAACUUAUCAAACAUGCCUUUCUACAUGUUGAUGCCAUUGGACCUGAUGUUCAAGAGGGUUGUUACGACUUAAUUGGACCCGAUGGGGAGAUUAUUCUACGUCAAGAUUGGGAGACGAGGCUCGAGCCAGGCUGGUCAAUCACUAUGCGCAUGUGGUCCACAGCUGAGUCUGUAUCGACGGCUCCCAAGCCUUCUUCUCUGUUGGGAGGAGCGUCAACCAGUAAGCCGACGCAACCUCGUGCACCUAGACAGCCGAAGCCAACACAACCUCGUGCACCUGGACAGUCGAAACCAAAUUCCAGACUUCGUCACAUCCUGAAACAGAUGCAAGAGUAUACUGGCCCGGACAAGGGUGUCUAG